AUGUCUUCUCCGAGCAUCUUGCCAGGGUUCAAGUCAUUGCUGCUGUUGCUGAUUCUGGCAUUCAUGAUGAAGAGGGGAGUCUCAAUGCCGAAGAGGUCAGGCUGCCCCAAAGCAGAAGGGAAUGACUCUUUGCAGAGUGUAAGGAUCAACAUGAAUAUCAUUAACCGGAACCAAGGCUCAAAGAUAUCCCCCGAUUACAAGAACCGCUCUACCUCUCCCUGGGAUUUAGUGCAAAAUGUGGAUAACAACAGACUACCCCGGGUGAUCUGGCAAGCCAGAUGCCGUUACUCCGGCUGCAUCAGUGCUGAGGGGGAAAUGAAUCAUCACAUGAACUCAGUGGCCAUCCAGCAGGAGAUCUUGGUCCUCAGAAGACAAUCCUCAAACUGCCCUACUUCCUUCCAACUAGAAAAGAUGCUGGUGACGGUGGGCUGCACCUGUGUCACCCCACGCACUGUGUCCUGA